GCGCCGCCGCCAAUCGCGGAGAACGCUGUCCGGGAGCAAGGAGGCUGUGGUGAGAGACCGACCAAGACCGGAGAUGUUUUCAAGCCUGGCCCCGGCGGCAUUAGGGGCUGUGGCAGCGGCGACCGAGACACCGGCAGCGGCGGCCGCCCGGAGGUCCUCGCUCAGGGGGUGAACCCUUCUGCGCCCGCCGAGCCUCGGGUCCGUGCGGGCCAGGGGGGCGUGGCGACCAGAGGGGAGGAAGGAGGGCGCGGUUUCGAGUCUGUCCCGGGCAGCAGGGAGGAGACCCUCCGUCCUCCGCUCAGUGCCCCGUCUCCUCCCUGGAGCCAGAUCCAGGAUGAGAAGACUGAUAAAAGAAGCAGCUAGCUGAACAGCUAUAAAAUGCCCAAAUCUGGGUUCACAAAACCAGCUCAGAGUGAAAAUUCUGACAGUGACAGCAAUAUGGUAGAGAGGCCAUAUGGAAGAAAGAGUAAAGACAAGAUUGCAUCUUACAGCAAAACUUCAAAAGCUGAGCGAAGUGAAAUGGGCAAGGACAUGAAGGAGAGGCCGUCCAUGAAGCGUAAACUGCCUUUUACUGUCAGCCCGCCAAGAAAUGAAGAGCGAGAUUCAGACACAGAUUCAGACCCAGGACAUACAAGUGAAACUUGGGGGGAGAGACUUACACCUUCUUACAGGACAUACUCAGAGAAAGAAGGUCCAGAAAAGAAGAAAACAAAAAAAGAAGCUGGAAGUAAGAAAUCCACCCCAGUUAGCAUUCUUUUUGGUUACCCACUCUCUGAACGAAAGCAGAUGGCACUUCUAAUGCAGAUGACUGCAAGGGACAACAGUCCAGAUUCCACACCAAGCCAUCCGUCACAAGCAGCACCAGCUCAGAAGAAGACUCCCAGUUCUUCAUCUAGACAAAAAGAUAAAAUUAAUAAAAGAAAUGAGCGUGGUGAAACUCCUUUACACAUGGCAGCUAUUCGAGGAGAUGUAAAACAAGUCAAAGAAUUAAUAAGUUUGGGGGCAAAUGUGAACGUGAAAGACUUUGCAGGUUGGACACCUUUGCAUGAAGCUUGCAACGUUGGAUAUUAUGACGUUGCUAAAGUACUCAUAGCAGCUGGAGCAGAUGUUAACACACAAGGACUAGAUGAUGACACCCCCCUCCACGAUUCCGCCAGCAGUGGACAUAGAGAUAUAGUGAAACUGUUGCUUCGUCAUGGUGGGAAUCCCUUCCAAGCUAAUAAACAUGGAGAGCGCCCAGUGGAUGUGGCAGAGACAGAGGAGUUGGAGCUGCUGCUGAAGAGAGAGGUGCCUUUGUCUGGUGACGAUGAAAGUUACACAGAUUCAGAAGAGGCUCAGUCUGUAAACCCUUCUAGUGUUGAUGAAAAUAUUGACUCGGAAACGGAGAAAGACUCUUUCAUCUGCGAGAAUAAAAUUCUCCCAAGCAAAGCCCCGCUCGCAUCUGCUCUUGAUGAGUACGAGUUCAAAGAUGACGACGAGGAAGAGAUGAGUAAGACAAUCGACGACAGGCACAUUCUUAGGAAAGAGCAGCGCAAGGACAAGGACUCUGAAGCGGAGAGGGGUGGUCUGUUUGCAAGGCAGGAGAAAGCCUUCUAUGCUAAAUCACUUAAAACUAAAAAACAGAAGCCAUCAAGGGUUCUGUAUUCCAGUACUGAAAGUUCUGAUGAAGAAGUUCUACAGAACAAGAAGAUUGCUGCUGCUUGUUCUGUCGCUGAAACAUCAAAUUCUGAUAUGCAGGCCAAAAAAGAAUACGAGUACAAACAGAAAGGCAAAGUUAAAAGGAAAUUAAAAAAUCAGAAUAAAAACAAAGAGAACCAAGAGCUGAAACAAGAAAAAGAGGGGAAAGAAAAUACCAGGACAGCAAACUUGGCAGUUAAUACUGCACUGGAUUGUUCAGAAAAAGCCAGGGAGGAGGGGAGCUUCAGGAAAUCUUUUAGUCCAAAAGAUGACAGUUCAUUACACUUAUUUCAUAUUGCCACUGGCAAAUCUCCCAAACAUUGUUGUGGACUAAGUGAAAAGCAGUCAACACCACUAAAGCUAGAACACAGUAAAGCGUGCAUGUCACCAGGAAGUUCUGACAUGUCUUUCCAGCCCGAUCUGGCUCGCUAUGAUGGUACAGAACCUGAGUUUUUGCCAGAAAGUUCAAAUGUAAAAUCUUAUAAGCACAAGGAAAAAAACAAACAUCAGAAAGAUUUCCACCUAGAAUUUGGUGAAAAGUCAAAUGCCAAAAUAAAAGAUGAAGAUCAUAGCUCAGCAUUUGAGACCUCAGACUGCACACUGAAGAAGAUGGAUAAGGAGGGCAAAACAUUAAAGAAACAUAAACUAAAGCAUAAAGACAGAGAUAAAGAGAAGCACAAGAAAGAAGGUGACGGUGACAAGGAAAAAUAUAAAAAUAAGGAUAAUGCUAAAGAGCUGCAGAGGAGUAUUGAAUUUGACAGAGAGUUUUGGAAAGAGAAUUUUUUUAAAAGCGAUGAAACCGAGGAUCUCUUUUUAAAUAUGGAGCAUGAGUCCCUAAUAGAAAAAAAGUCAAAAGUGGAAAAAAACAUAAAAGAUGACAGAUCAAUUAAGGAAAAGCAUGCCUCAAAAGAGAGGAACUUUAAAGAAGAACGAGAAAGGACUAAAAAGGAAAAUGAAAAACCUCUUAGGGAAGAAAAGCUGAGAGACCUGAAAGAGGAAAGAGACAGUGUGUCCACAGAGAAAGAAGCAGAGUGCGGCUCUGCGGGUGUCGCUGUGAACCAGGAAGCCGUGGGGCUGCAUUCAGUGGAAAAGGAAACGGACGCUGAAAAACAAGAAAAGCAUACAAAGGAAAGGGAAAAACUUGACAGACGAUUUCAAACUAAGGAAAAAGAGGCUGACAAGACCGAAAAAAAAAAUUCUGAAAAAGAAAAGAAGAUAAAACAUGAACAUAAGUCAGAAAAAGAGAAAUUGGAUUUUAGUGAAUGUGUUGACAGAAUAAAAGAAAAGGAUAAGGUAUGUUCACAUCAAGCAGAAAGGUGUCCUAAGGAAGGCGAGAAGAUGAAAAACACCGUUAAAAAAACUGAGGACAGAGAGAGGAACAGAGAGAAGAUGGAUAGAAAGCAUGACAGAGAGAAACCUGAAAAGGACCGAAGCUCCGCGGAAAGCAAGGAAAAGUACUUGGAGAAAAAAAAGCAGCCUGAUAAUAGUGAGUGUACUAAAUCAGAGAAGAUCAGAAAUAAAGAUCGGGAAGGAGAUAGGAAGGAAAAGAUGAGAGAUAAAGAAAGUGUAGGCGUAACUAACCCCAGACAUUUACAGGAAGAGAAAAGGUCAGGUGUGGGAGACAGUGCUAGUAAAGCCCAGCCCGAGAGAGCCAUGUCCCUUAAAGAGAAGACAAGAGAUGAGCCUCUGAGGACCCCAGAUGGAAAAGAGAAAGAUAAAAAAGACAUAGACAGAUACAAAGAACGAGACAAACGCAGAGAUAAAGCCCAACUCAACACUCUGCUUAGGCUAAAAUCUGAACCAGAUAAGGCUAAACCUAAGUCAUCAGCAGCAUCAAAAGACGCUCGGCCGAGGGAGAAGAGGCUGGUGAGUGACGACCUAAUGCAAACAAGCUUUGAACGAAUGCUCAGCCUCAAAGACUUGGAAAUAGAACAGUGGCACAAAAAACAUAAAGAAAAAAUUAAGCAAAAAGAAAAAGAACGAUUAAGAGCCCGUACUGGCUUAGAACUUAAAAUAAAAGAUAAAGAAAAAACAAAACCUAUACCCACUGAAUCAAAAAAUAAAGAACUUAACAGGUCAAGAAGUUCAGAGUUGACCGAUGUUUAUAGCAAGGAGAAACAGUCUAAAGAUGUUGGAUGUAAUCGAUCACAGUCUGUUGACACCAAAACUGUACUGAAUUUAGGGAAGCCAUCCUUUAUUUCAGAGACCAGCUCAAACCGGUCUCCUAGGUCGGAGGGCGAGAAGCAGGGUCUUAGCUCCAGGUCUGUGUCCAUGAUUUCUGUUGCUAGUUCAGAAGAUUCCUGCCAUGCAGUCACCACCCCAAGGCCUCUUGUAGAGUACGACUCUGACUUUAUGUUAGAGGGUUCCGAAUCACAGCUGUCAUUUUCCCAGUCACCUUUUUUGCCAAAUGCCAAGUCUCCAGCUCUUUAUGAGAGGGAGCUGGAGAGCCUCACUGAACCAUCGGAUCGACUUAAGCCGCCAUAUGCAAGCCGACUUCCAGUGUGCCAUCUCAGGUCCUCUUCUGUGGAAGAUGUUAAGCUAGUUACUGGUGAGGUGAGACCUGCUGUAGAAAUCAGAAGAUGUAGCAUGCCCUCUGUCAUCUGUGAACCCAUCAAACAUCUCCAGGCAUCAGAAGAAAGCAGUCAGGGCAACUUAAUUGUGCCGAGAGAGACCUGUCCUUCUCCAAAACCUGAACUAUCUUCAGCAGUACCUGAAAGAGGUCUUCCGCAUGUGUCUGACAUACAUCCCAACUUUACAGGCUCUCCAACGAGGUCUGUAAGCAGCAGGUAUAUUUCACCCGAUACAAAUGUAAUCAUGAAUGCUGCUCUUGGGGGUACUUUGAUUGAUAGCCCGAUGCAUUUGGAACCGUCUAAUCAGGUUGGAGUGAUCCAGAGUAAAUCAUGGGAGAUGCCUGGUGAUAAAGGGGAGUCUUUAGGCACCAAUGACUUUAUCUGCCCGGAUUCUGGUACAUCUGACCAAGAUUCCUCUGCUCAGAGUUUUUGUAAUUCAGAAAACAAAAUGUUAAGAGAACAAAAUACUGAUUGCUUACCCCUGCACCAGACUGAACUACCAGGAAACGUGUGUGCUCAGGACCCAGCAUCCUUUCUAUCGUCACCUCAAUGCUGCUCUUUUUCUAGCCGGUCACUUUCAGAUGCUGAAUCUGCUCCUAAACCUGUGUCUUUGUCAUAUAUUGCCAAUCAGGAGCCAGGUGUUUUACAACAGAGAAAUGCAGCUCAUGUGAUCAGCUCUGUUUUAGAUAGUGAUAAUAACCUUACAAAGGAUGUGGAAAAUGCAUUUGUCUUAGCAGACAUUCAGAAGUCGAAUUCUUUUGUGCCAGUUUACUCUGAAAGCACUAUGCAGGACACACUCCCAGACUUCGAGAAGGCAAGUACUUUGCUUGUGCUGCCAUCAGAAAAGGACUUGAGUGGGAAUGGAGCUGCUCCUCAGCUAAACGCGCAUUAUGCACUUAGCAAGCUCACCUACAAGUCUCCCGGUAGCCGGGAAGUUGAGAAGAGCACAAGUGAUACUCUAGUCAUUUCACAAGAAAAAGAAAAACUGCAAAGUUUGGUCUUAACUCAGUUGAGUAAGUGUGAUUCUGACGUGUAUGAGGUGAGUGCAGGGGCGCUGAAAGGAGACGUGCGUGAGCAGGGGGACCUGAAGCAUGGUCCUGAGAGCGAGCGCUACUCGCUUUGCAUGGAGGACGAGGAGUCUCAGCAGAGCACUUCAUCGAGUGUAGAAAACCACGCAGAGCAGCCAGCCCAGCUGGAGGUGCCUAAGUAUGACCAGCUAGUUAGAGUAGAACUAGAAGACAAUGCUGAAGAAGAUAAAACGGAAAACCAACCCCCUCAAAGAAUGACUAGAAACAAAGCAAGUACAAUGGUCAAUCAAAGCAAGCAGGUUCUUGCUGGCUGUCCACUUUUACCAGAAAAAGAUAGUGAGUCCUCCCCUAGGGCACGAAUAAGACUCACUGAAGAAGAGGAUUCCCAGACUCACCAUCCACGGAAACGUAAAGUGUCACGGGUCCCUCAGCCUGCACAAGUGAGCCCCUCUCUACUGCACGCGAAGGAGGCGACCCAGCAGUCUCUGGCAGCUAUCGUAGACGCUUUAAAACUGGAUGAGAUCCAGCCAUACAGCUCUGAGAGGGCAAAUCCAUAUUUUGAAUAUUUGCACAUAAGGAAAAAAAUUGAAGAGAAACGCAAGUUGCUAUGUAGCGUUAUUCCUCAAGCUCCUCAGUAUUACGACGAAUAUGUAACAUUUAAUGGAUCAUACCUCCUGGAUGGAAACCCCUUAAGCAAGAUUUGUAUUCCUACAAUCACACCACCACCUUCGCUGUCAGAUCCACUUAAAGAGCUCUUCCGGCAACAAGAAGUGGUAAGAAUGAAGCUACGUUUGCAACACAGUAUUGAAAGGGAAAAACUCAUUGUAUCCAACGAACAAGAAGUUCUUCGAGUUCAUUACAGAGCUGCGAGGACACUGGCAAACCAAACGCUGCCAUUUAGUGCUUGCACUGUCUUACUGGACGCAGAAGUGUACAAUGUGCCCCUGGACUCCCAGUCUGAUGACAGUAAAACUUCUGUGAGAGAUCGAUUUAAUGCAAGGCAGUUUAUGUCCUGGUUACAAGAUGUGGAUGACAAAUUUGACAAACUAAAGACCUGUCUUUUAAUGAGGCAGCAACACGAAGCUGCAGCUUUAAAUGCCGUCCAGAGACUCGAAUGGCAGCUCAAACUCCAGGAGCUCGACCCCGCCACCUAUAAGUCUGUCAGCAUUUAUGAGAUCCGGGAGUUCUAUGUUCCCCUUGUCGAUGUCAAUGAUGAUUUUGAAUUGACUCCUAUAUAGCAGUUGGUAUCAUCUUAAACUAGCGAUAUCCAAGCAUUAUACUGUGGAAUACUUACUGCCUUUUAAGAAAAACCCUGAGACUAUGUCUCUACAAUUGUUAGUGAAGCUGGUUAUGUAGUAAACACUGUCAUUUUAUAAAGAAAAAUAUUUCGGAUCUUUGAUCCAAAUACAGUUUCUAACAGAAAACUAUUAUUUAUAUUGAUCAGGGGUAAAUAUUGCAUUAGACAUGUUGGCAAACUGAGUAAAUCUUUAAAAAGUAGAGAAAAGUCUGUUAACAGCGCUGGAAGUUGUUAACACUGCAAGUAACAAGAUACAUGCAACGCUCAGAUCUCUUGCAGGUUUUAUUAAAAAUACAUGAGUAAACACAAAGAUUCAAUUCCUACCAAACAGGUUCUAAUGUGGAAGAAAAUCUUGGCACAAAAUUCUUCAGUUUAUUUUAUCUGUAAAUUAAUUGUAUAGUUUUCUUUUUUGAAAGUUUUAAUAUUGUCUUCCUUUUUAAUAACUUAUUUUAUACAUAAUUGUACAUCUUGUAAUUAAUGGUCAAAAUGUAUACAAGGAACUGACCCUCAACAUGUGUACAAAGAGAUAACUGUAAAACUGUUUGUUCUUUUGGACCAAAGUUGUAGUUUUUGUAGCGUAAUAGCAAUGUGUUCAGGUAGUAACCCUUUAGAUAAGGCAUGCGUGUGUUUGAGUUAGCUUGCGUCCAUUCCAUAACUGUAAAGAUGAUAGCUUAGUUGUAUCGCAUGCUUUCUAUAAUUCAUGUUUUCCAUAGCUGAUACCUGAGACAGUAUGAGGCGUCUCACACCAGUUUCCUCCGAGAGAACCUGGGGCUUUCUGUGUGGACACAUUACUUAUAAUUAGUCACACAAAGAAGCUUUAGCUCUUUUUUCAUGUCACCGGAAAAAGCCUGUUUCCCCCAGAACAAUAACAACAAAUGCCUUUGAAUGGAAAUUCCGAAAUUGUAAAUGUCUAUUUUAAUACUCAACUAUGAAAGAAUAUGUGAAUAAUGUAAAUAUGUUUAAUAAAUUUUAUUGGUCAUGUUAAAUCAUUGUAAACUUUUUUACAUUGCUUAAAUUUAAUCUUUUAAGCUUAAUAGCCUUUGCACUUUUAAUAUAAAAAUUGAAUGCUCAAAUCAAAAUGAGAUACUUGGUAGUCAAAAGUAGGUAAAAGAUUUAGGAAUAUUCCAGUCCCUGAAAUGUUCAUGAGAUUUUUAUUAAUGCAUUGUAUUUUUCCUUGUAUCAAUGCAAAAAUACCUAAUUUACAAGUUUUCAUAAUUGAGAUAAUAUUUUCUAUGCUUCUGAUAGUAAAAUAAUGAGCAACAUACUGAGAACCUUGUCUCCUCUGACGUGACGUGGGUCAGGUGUUCAGGAAAGCUCCAGACGUGAGAGUGCUGCUCAAGCUGUGAGACUGGAGAGUAACGUUAGGGUAAUCUAAAAUCAUCAUAAGUAAACGAGGCAACAUUUGUAAGCCCUGCCACGACACUAUCUGGAAUUAUGAAAUAAUACUGGAAAUUUCCAAUUUUGAUGGAGCAAUAUUAAAGGAAUAUAUGAAAUAUUAAAUUGUUUAAAUUCAGCUCACAAGUUGGAAAUCGCAACUAGUAAAAGAUAAUAGUUUUUGUAGUGCAAAGGUACAUAUUAAGCUUAGGGAUUUUUGAAUUUUUACAUCAAUUUAUAUUUUUAUUCUUUCUGUACUGGCAUGCGCAAUAAAGCAGCACGUGUGUGAAAAAAUACACAGUGCAAGGAUUUAAUAAAGGUUGGAUAUAGUUUUCCUUAGAAAUUUAGAUUAAAGACUUUGGCCUUUUCAUUGAAUAAAUGGGGCCAGAAAGGCAGGGUAGACUUUGAAGCACUGUUUUUUGUUGAAGUCGUGUUUAUUAAGGCUGGGAACAUUAGAAUCUAAUUUAUAAAAGCAAUACUUUUUAAUGCAAAACAACUUAAUGCAAAGUUUGUUUAUACUUUUAGUCUAGAAAGGAAAUUUGAUGAGCUCAUGUAGCAAAUUACAAAAAUUAAAAGAAAAAAGAUUAUUGAACAUUCAUUCAGUACAGCAAGAGAGGAGUAAAUCUGUAAAGCAUUUUGUUCUGAUGGUCCAGCCAGGGAAAAGAUGAGGAAGUGCUACUGACCAAAAGGAACAGGCUGUUGGAGAAGAAACCGGAAAAGCAGCUGCACAUAGGCAGGGAUUGGGCGGGUGCGGCCCUCGGUCAGCCCAGCUUUCUAGUCUUAGCCACGGUGCUCAUCCUCUGCAUGGUAGCUCCCACAGCUGGAGCCUCUGCCUCGCCUCUGCACGCAGGAUAGCUAAGUUACUGCACUUGGUAGCAGAUGUGUGACUUAGAUGUAGUUAAGGACUCGGAUGCUAAAGACUUUCUAAAGGUCUGAACUGCUAGAGGGAAAACCUCGGAAUGGAGUAUGGCAUAUGCCUAAAAAGGUUCGAAUUCUCAAAGAAAAAUAGGAUGCUUAAUUUAAUCAAUGACUCUUCUUAAACAUCGUGAACAAGAUAUUAAAUUGUACCUAAGGAUUUGUAUUUCUUUAAGUCUUGUUCUAAAUCAUAUCUGUUUAAUAAGUGACUAGUUAAUAUUUGUGCAUGUUAUUUAAUAAAGAGUUAUAUUUUUAUAGAAAAAAAUAAGUGAAAUGUGUGCUAAGUGUUUUUACUCAAUGUUCCACUCCGAUUAAUUGACACGCCAAUGUUUAUUUGAGCCUCCAACAAGAUGGCAGAAAAACUCAUCGUGUGAGAACAAUCCCAUUCCAGUCCAGUCAGGA